AAUACAUCCAGGCAGUGUGAUGCUGCUAUUGUCUGUGUCACAGUAACACGUGUUUUAGGUUGACUUCUGCACACCGGUGCACCGACAGAGCUGACAUUCAUGGCAAAGAGACGCGCCGAGGACACUCUGCUGCACCAUUCUCCCUCCAAAAGAUGUUACCGCUCACUUUGCAGUGUUGACAUGCAGCUGGAGACCAUGCCUCCAACCGCGGGUGUGAGCCUCAGUCCCCCGACCCUGCUGUCUUUGCUGGGCAGCCGCUGCAGAAAGAGGCCGUACUAUUUCGAAGACCCGGAGCAGAAAGAGCAAGAAGAAGAAGCAGCAGCAGCAGGUCUUUGUCGCAAGGCCACAAACGACGGCAGCAGAAAGCAUGCGGACAAUGUUUUGAAGGUGCAGACUUCUGGAAGUUUCCAGGACCGUCACAGCUCCAAUGCACACAAGAAACGACCCCGGGAGGACUGCUCGGGUUCAGAGAUUGUUAUUCCUCAAGCUAAUGAUAAAGCUGCGAAUGGAGAUGGCAACACUGAAGACUGCGCCUACAACUCCUUCCAGUACUGGAGAGUCCCCUUACCUGAACUUGACCUCUCACUGCUGAAAGAUGUCGACAGUCAUUCCCAAGCAAAACAAAAGUUGAAAGUCAAAGACUCUUCUUCUGAUGCCAUGGAGACCUGAGGAUGAGAGGUGCAGCGAGUCUCGUCUAACAUCAGCACUCAGACAUGAAGGUUGCUAGAAAUGCAUCCAGGUGAGAUGCAACAACCUGAUAUUGCAGAUCGCCAUGCUAGCCCUGUAAGACUGAUACAGGCUGGAGCAAGUGAGCCUCCUGUUAGUGUAAGAUCAGGAGAAGCAACAAUAAGAUCUGCACUGUAACAGCGAUGGAUGUCCAUCCAUCCUCAGAUUGUAGGUGUAUAUAGGCUGUAGGCUGUAAAUUUUCUUUUAAAAAUAAUGCCCAUUGUGUGAAAAGUAUUUCAGACAGACUGGUGUACAACAACAACAGUUGCUUUUUUGUUUUGCACUUAAUCCCCGUCUGUUCAAUCUACAUUAGUAUUUUAUAAACAUAUUUGCAUAAUGUUGUUAAAGCAAUUAGUUAUGAAAAGCUGGGUCUGCGCAGGACAGUUCACCACUUCAUAAUCUAUGAUCUUUCAGAGCUUGCUUGGUGUAACUCAUCCCAGAGUUGCUUAUAGAUUCUGUGACGGAUUUGUAGAUGUGGGAAAUAUUGAAUACACCUUGUUGAAGGCUUUUGUGGAUCCUGUAUUAGCACUUAUAUUACAUGUUACUGGUGAAUCUCAUUGCAAAUCAGAGCUUACUGUCACAGCCAGCUGUUUUCAUUUUCAAUAAAGACAGUUUUCUAUA